UAGCAACAGUGCGUACCAAACACUAAUGCAAAGUAUUCAUGUAUUUAUUUAUUUAUUCUUUUUGGGGUCUCCUUGGGAUUUCUCUCACUGAAGGGUGGGGCUCUAUUGAGAACUGCCUCCAGCGGUUGGACAAGCACAGUUUUGUCUAGUAAACUCUUGUUAACGCUUUACCCAGCAUCUAUCCGCUCGGAGAACAGGUUCAUCCAUCAAAAAUAGAUAGUGCAGUUCAUUUAAAAAUAUCUCCGAUGAUGAUACGUGUGUGUUAAUCACUGGCGUGGCGCGUGAAAGUUGAUGGUGGGCUGCCUCUCAAAAAAAGUUCUCACAAGUUGUUCAAACAGGAGAAGAGAUAUAAUGCUUCUUCAACGAGACGAGCUUCAAUGAAAUAAUGAUUUCGUUCAUCAGUGGUAGGUGGUGGAGAUGGAAGUUCCAGAAUGCUCUCGCAGUUUUCCUGCUGCUGCUCUGCUUUUUGACCUCAGUAGCACAGAGCUGCCAGAGUAGCGUCAGCUGCAAUGUGGUGCUCACCGACUCCCCAGGGCUUUCCUCCCCCUGCUACCAAGACUACCCACCCAGUCAGGCCUGCAAGUGGACCAUACAGGCCCCGACUGGCUUUAUAGUGCAGAUCACCUUCCUAGAUUUUGAGCUCGAGGAAGCGCACGGUUGCAUCUAUGACCGCAUCGUCAUCAGCACUGGCAUGAGCGAUGCCAAAUUUUGCGGCUUAACACCCAAUGGACUAACUCUCAACUCCAGUGGCAAUGUGAUGGAGAUUUCCUUUAACUCAGACUUUAGUGUCCAAAAGAAAGGCUUCCAUAUCAGUUACAAACAAGUGGCAGUGGCACUGAGGAACCAGAAGGUCACAAUGCCAAAAAGCAGCAAGAGUGUAGUGAGAGUGGCCAAUUCAGUCUCCAUUCCUGUUUUAACUGCAUUCACUGUGUGCUUUGACAUCGCCCGCACGGCUGAGAAGAGCACAGAGACUAUCUUUACCUUGUCUGAUGCUGAUGACACAUCCAUUUUGGCAUUUGAGAAGACAGCCAGAGGCAUGGACCUGUUCAUCAUUGGUUCCUACUGCUCUGUAAACGACCUGCUUACCAGCUCAGACAUCACAUCCAGCAUGACGCCAAUCUGCCUUACCUGGACCAAGUCCACCGGCCUUGUGGCAGUGUACUUUGGAGGCCAAUAUCGAUACAAAACCUGUGCAACCUCUCAGGUUUACACCUUGCCGAGUGGGGGAACCCUCCAGCUUGCAGGAAAAGGGUCAAGCUCGGUCAGUGUGGAUGAUCAGAAUUUGGAUGGAUUCAUGUACAAUUUCCGAUUGUGGGAUUACGCCAUGCCCCACUCUGAGCUGUCUUCCCUCACCUGUGAUGUCGAGGGAAACGUCAUUGACUGGGAUCAUCGCUUCUGGACUAUCCCAGGCAGUUACAUACAGACCGACAGCACUCUCAGCUGUAGCACUGCCAUAUCAACUCUUUCCCCGGGAACCACGGAUUGUGCUUCCCCUGGACUUGGCUGCCCAGCAACAUUAACUGUUACCACCGCAUCCAUUGCCACCACUAACAUGAUUCCUACUAAUGCAACAACCCAUGAGGAUAUUUUCUACAGAAUAUCCCUAGUGGUUAUUGAUGAACAAGCAAACACUCCAGACAGGGAUGCUAAGACGAUGAUAUCUCAAUGGCUCAAUCAAACAUUUCAAAACUGGAUCUACAGAGUUUAUGUUGAUAGUGUCAGUCUCCAGCCUAACACUGUUCUCUCAAGGGCCACAACUAUACGACAAACCUACAUGGCCCUGCUGUUGUAUAAGAAUACCACUGAUGCAAGUCUGGCAGAAGCAGAGAUUGAGGACAUAUUGAGAAGUGCCCCUGAAAUUGGCAAUGGCUUAAUAUUGGACGGUGUGACUGUGAACUUAAUGGAAAACUGCCAGGCCGAGGAGUUCCCAUUCCACUACAGAUGGCCAGAGAGCAGACCCACUGUCACCCAGUACAUCCCCUGUUUCCCUUACAAAGAACAAAAUGCAUCCAGGACUUGUAUGAUUAGCCAGUAUAAUUAUACUUCAUAUUGGACCCUCCCAGACCGUGGAAACUGCACUAAUAUAACAAGCAUUUCAGUUUCACAAGAGAAUGCAAUGGAAGUGGCUGUGCAGCUCGCUGACAUCACCAAUAAUGAGCUCUCUAAGGAGGAGGUGACACAGGUUGUUUUCAAGGUGAAUGAGCUUGUGAACAUAGCCAAAAUCAACGCCACCCUGGCCAGCACUGUGCUCACUAUCAUCUCCAACGUCAUGAUCAGCUCAAACGCCGCUCAAAAGGAAUCCUCAGAGACAGCUCUCAAAGCAGUGGAUAAAAUGGUACAGAAGAUUGAGUUUGAUGGACCCUUACUAACCAUCACAUCCAAAAAUCUGGCUGUUGGAGUUUCUGCUCUCAACAUCAGCAAUUUUAAUGGGACCACUUUCAGUGCAUUUAUAGCCACAAACUCAACAGAGCCUCAGAUUGAUUUUGAGUCAGAAGCCCAGAAUGCUUUGGCUGUGGUCACUCUACCUCCAACACUACUGCAGAACUUGAGUAAUUCACAUAGAGUGUCCAGAAUAAACUUCAUGUUCUUCAGCAAGACAGGACUUUUUCAGGAUCGGCAAAGUAACGGCAUGUCCUUGAACAGCUAUGUGGUGGCUAGCAGUGUUGGCAACUUCACAAUCAAAAACCUGCAAGAUCCUGUCAAAAUAGAGAUUGCCCAUCUGGAGUACCAGAGAGAUCCGAAGCGUCUUUGUGUGUUUUGGGAUUUCAGCCUCCAAAAUGACGAUCACACAGGGGGCUGGAACAGUGAAGGCUGCGAGGUCAGUCCGGAGUCCAACAGCAACAGGACCGUCUGCUUGUGUAAUCACCUCACACACUUUGGCAUUCUUAUGGACAUCUCUGGAGCUUCUGCACAGAUAGAUGAGAAGAACAACAGGGUUCUUACCUUCAUUACCUACAUUGGCUGUGGCAUUUCAGCCAUUUUUUCCGCAGCAACACUUCUCACAUACAUCGCUUUUGAGAAGCUGCGGCGAGACUAUCCCUCUAAGAUCCUGAUGAAUCUCAGCACAUCACUGCUCUUCCUCAACAUGGUGUUUCUUCUGGAUGGCUGGUUGGCCUCAUACGAAAUUGAGGGAUUGUGUGUGACUGUGGCUGUAUUUCUGCACUUUUUCCUUCUCACUUCCUUCACAUGGAUGGGCUUAGAGUCCAUCCACAUGUACAUUGCCUUGGUCAAGGUCUUCAACACCUAUAUACGGAGAUACAUCCUCAAGUUUUGCCUCGUGGGAUGGGGUGUCCCUGCUUCAAUUGUUGGCAUUGUGUUGGCUGUGGGCAAAAAUUCUUAUGGAAAAAACUAUUAUGGAAAAGGAGAGAAUGGACAGGGCACAGAAUUCUGUUGGAUUCGUAGUCCGGUUGUAUUCUACGUGACAUGCGUGGGCUACUUUUCCAUGAUAUUCCUGAUGAAUGUUGCCAUGUUCAUCGUGGUCAUGAUCCAAAUCUGCGGGCGUAACGGCAAGCGCAGCAACCGAACACUUCGAGAGGAGAUCUUACGUAACCUGCGUAGUGUGGUCAGCCUGACUUUCUUGCUGGGCAUGACCUGGGGCUUUGCUUUUUUCGCCUGGGGUCCACUCAGCCUGGCCUUCAUGUACCUCUUCUCCAUUUUCAACUCCCUACAGGGAUUAUUCAUAUUUGUGUUCCACUGUGCCCUGAAAGAAAAUGUACAGAAUCAAUGGAGGAGGUACUUGUGCUGUGGAAAGUUCCGUUUGGCAGAUAACUCAGACUGGAGCAAAACUGCCACUAAUAAUACCAAGAAAGUGAGUUCCGAUAACCUGGGAAAAUCCCUCUCCUCCAGUUCGUUUGGCUCCACUACAGCCAACUGGACGUCUAAAGCCAAAGCCACACUAAACCCCUUUGCCAGGCACAGUAAUACAGGUAAAAGUUUCUCCAAUCAGAGCAGUCCCAAAUGCAGCCCUUCCGACGGAGAGGCUUCCUCGUCCAUCCUCCCCGUCCACCAGGUCCUGGACAAGGUAAAGGGCUACUGCUCCGUGCGCUCAGACAACUUCUACAAAAACAUUAUGAUGUCAGACAGCUUUAGCAACAGCACUAAAUUCUAAUGAGAGGAGGCUGAGACGGAGCCCCGGUCUGUCCCACAGACUUACCUUGUGUAUAAAGACUACGCUACAUAUUGAGUUAACCCUUCAAGCCCUUCCACGCUUCCCGACUGGAGUAGAGAAAUGCAUAACCCUGUAGAGAGGGCAAGCUAUGAAAGUGUGGAUUUGACAUACUGUGAUAUUCAGCUUAUAGUGACUAUGUGAUCUGUAAAUAUUCAUAAUAUAUUUUACUAUAUGUGCUUUUUCUAAUUUCGGUUUUGCAUACUUUUUUUGCACAUCACUUUGGUUUUUGUUUUUGUAUAUAUAAAUUCAUGAAGGCUUGCUGCAGCAGAAAAAAUGGGACCAAUUUACAUCCAAAGACUGACUGGCAAACAUGAGGAGUACUAGUUAGUUUCUCAGUUCGGGACUGAAAGAACAAGUACGGUUGGAGCUUGAAUUUUCAUGCUUGUGAAUUUCACCUUGAUUUAGCUUUCUUUACCUUACGUACAUUUUCAAUGUAAAUUAGUGAACCUUUAAUACUUCUAUUUUGUCAUUAUUUAAAUGCUCUCUAUUUUAGUCUUCACAUGAUCUACUACUGAUUAACAUGUUACAGAAAAUGUUAGGUUUUUUUUACAGUGUGUUCAUUGUUCAAGUGUUUCAGUGCAUGCAGUUUCAUAAAACUGCUCUAAUAGAAGGGCAGGACAACAAGAUCAGUCCUUUGCUAUUUGACAGUAGAAAGGAAAACAACAUCUACAGUAUACAUCAAAUCUAACACAUUCAGAUCUUCCUAUUGCUGUAGUUUAAUGACUGUUUUGACUUGGUAUUUAUUUUAAGUGCUUUUAAGAGAUUUCAAUGCUUCAUUGAAGAAAAUGUCAGCAGAGGAAAUGCUUACCGAGGGCUGCUCAGUUUGCUCUGGUCAUCAGUGUAGAUCAUCAUUGUAUAGCGGUUAUGGAUGCUUUAUGAAAAUGUGACAUCCUGCAUAUUAAAUGCACUUAAAACAGA